AUGCGCUCCAACAGCAAUCUCCUCGCCGUGACCGCGUUCCCCGACGCCUUCCUCUACUACCUCACCGGCAUGACCAACGAUAAUCCGGACGACCCGCCAACACAAGAAGACCAAGAAGCCAGCCCCGCAAGCCUGCAAGCCCGUGAGAUCGCGCGCAUCGCCUCCGGCGGCUUCAUGAUCAGAAUGGACACGAUCUCGUCCAUCACCGCUCUGGUGGCCGACGCCUUCAACUGUCUCUACCCGCCCUGGGCCUCCGCGCCCGUCGGUAUCAACGACAUCAACGUCCACAGCGGCUUCCUGUACUGGAUCAAUGCCGCUGUGGCGACGCCCUCGCGCAUUCAACUCACCAACGACGGGUACGCGACGGCCGGGGCGGAGAGUGAGCUGGUGGCCGAGUCUCAACAAUCCGACCAAUGCACGUUGACCAAAAGCUUGAUACCUCAGGCCCGAGCGUCAGAGACCCUGCCGGCUAGGGCUUUUGGGAAACAACGCGAUGUAACCGCCAAGAACCGCUAA